AUGUUUUCUAUGAAGCUUUUCUGCGCAGCGGUCCUGUUAGUAGGAGCAAGUGCUAUGCACAUUCAAUGGGAACUUGAGCCGGUUGAACUAAACGAAGAGUAUAGAUAUCCAGUAAACGAUGUCUACCAGGACUUUGAAUACCAACAUCCCAGCUACGUAGCAAGAUCUAGGGCACGUCGUCAAGCACAAGGCAGCCUCACUUUCAACGGUGAUGGAAGUGCCGGACUGGGUGCCAAAGUUCCACUUGUUGGUAACGAUAGGAAUGUUUUGAGUGCAAUUGGAAGUGUUAACCUUGACGACAGGAUGAAAAUGGCUUCCAAAGGCAUUGGAUUGGCUUUCGAUAACGCCAAUGGUCACGGCGUAUCAGUAAUGAAGGAGACGAUACCCGGAAUAUGCCCAACAUUCCAUGUUCCCAAUUUCAACACUGUUGGUGGAGGACUUGACUACACAUACAAUAAUAAGGUUGGAGCUUCUUUGGGUAUGGCACACACUCCAUUCUUGCAGCGCAAGGAUUACUCCGCGAUGGGAAACUUAAACGUAUUCCGCAGCCCGACCAGUACUGUAGACUUCAGCGCUGGCUUUAAGAAAUUUGACACUCCCUUCGUAAGCAGUGGCUGGAAACCUAACUUUGGACUCACCUUCGGCAGAUCUUUCUAG